CCAUCCUCUUCAUCCUCACCAUCAAUUCUUGCCUGACUAGAAAGAAAUGGCAAAUAUUGUGUUGGCGAUUAUGGUUGUUGGUAUCUGCUGCCUUUUCAUAAAUGUUGAUGCAUUCGCGGCUUCUGGUUGGACAAAGGGUCAUGCCACUUUUUAUGGAGGCAGCGACGCUUCUGGGACAAUGGGUGGAGCUUGUGGGUAUGGUAACUUGUACGCGACUGGAUAUGGGACGAGGACUGCAGCUUUAAGCACUGCACUGUUUAGUGAUGGAGCGUCGUGUGGGCAGUGCUACAGGAUUAUAUGUGAUUACAAAGUGGACCCAACAUGGUGUAAGAAAGGAGCUUCUGUGACCAUUACCGCAACAAACUUUUGCCCUCCAAACUCUGAUCUUCCGAGCAAUGCCGGAGGCUGGUGCAACCCUCCCCUCCAGCAUUUCGACAUGGCUCAGCCGGCUUGGGAAAAGAUUGGUAUUUACAGAGGUGGCAUUGUCCCAGUGAUUUACCAAAGGGUACCAUGCAAGAAACAUGGUGGAGUUAGAUUUACCAUUAAUGGGAGAGACUACUUUGAGUUGGUGUUGAUAAGCAAUGUGGGAGGGGCUGGAUCUAUUACGUCAGUGUCCAUCAAAGGUUCAAGAACGGGUUGGAUGCCAAUGUCAAGAAAUUGGGGAGCUAAUUGGCAGUCCAAUUCCUAUCUUAAUGGCCAAUCUUUAUCAUUCAUGGUCACUACUACUGACGGAGAGACCAGGGCUUUCCAAAACAUUGUCCCAUCAAAUUGGGCUUUUGGACAAACUUUCUCUAGCCCAGUACAAUUCUAAGCUAACAGGGAACGCUUUAAGGUUCAGGGUAUGUGGUUUCUGGCAGCGGCGUGCUUAAUAUUUUUUAUGAAGCAGCCCGCCCUUCUUCCUUCUUUUCUUUUAUUUAUUUAUUAUUAUUUUUAAUUUAACAGUACAUCGUGGAAAGAAAGAAUUUUCUAUUUUGAUGGCUGAGAUGGGGGAUUGACCAUGAACUCAAAGCUAACAAGUCCUCUCCAAUUGGAAAGUUUUCACAAUACUCUUAAUAACCACCAAAUUGAAAUGGUGGCACUCUGUGGAUGUGGAAAUUGAAUGUUGCACAUCAAUAAGAAGCAUUGUUGCUUCGUUUGUAAUGUAAUAGUAAAGGUGUCAUAAUAUAUUGUAUCAUUCUUUGCUAAUAAAGCAAUUUUCCUAUUUGUAUGUUGAAUAUUAUAAGGACAUGUAUUGUAAUGGGGUAAAA